GCUUUACACGAAAGACGAAAGCGGACUUGGACUUUGACAUUUCAAUCAACUAGAUUUUAAACUGUAAUCGAGUAGGAAAUUGAGACAAUCAGGACAAGAACAGCUUUAUAGCUGUUGACCCUGAACCAACGUAGACUUGUAGUUCCUACUCUCCCUUCGAACAAAACGAUACAAAUCUAAAAAUGUCUGAAAAAAGCAGCCCGAUUAAAUACUUUUUAAGUGGUGGAUUCGGUGGUGUAUGCACAGUGUUAGCUGGUCAUCCCAUGGAUACAGUGAAAGUAAGACUGCAAACUAUGGCACUGCCGAAGCCAGGCGAAGCGCCUUUGUACAGCGGUACUUUCGACUGCUUCAAGAAGACUAUCAACAAGGAAGGUUUUCGUGGUUUGUACAAGGGCAUGUCAGCGCCCUUGACCGGGGUUGCGCCCAUUUUUGCGAUCAGUUUCUUCGGAUUCGGGCUCGGUAAGAGGCUAAUAGCUCGUUCUGACGACCAGGUGCUUUCUAAGCCAGAGCUGUUCGCUGCGGGCGCCUUCUCCGGGAUCUUCACGACGUCAAUUAUGGCGCCCGGCGAGCGGAUCAAGUGCCUGCUGCAGAUCCAGCAGGGUGGCAACGCGCCGCAGAAGUACGCUGGCAUGGUUGACUGCGCCAGACAGUUAUACCGGGAGGGCGGCAUGAGGAGCAUCUACAAGGGCAGUGUAGCAACUAUUUUAAGAGAUGUGCCAGCCAGUGGUAUGUACUUCAUGACCUAUGAAUGGGUGAAAGAAGUGUUGGUGCCGGCCGAUGCGAGCUCUAAACUGAAAAUGCUGGCCACUGUAGUUGCUGGUGGUUGCGCUGGGAUAGCUAACUGGCUUGUAGGCAUGCCAGCUGAUGUGUUGAAGAGUAGGCUGCAGACGGCACCAGAGGGAACAUAUCCUAACGGUAUGCGAGAUGUGUUCAAGCAGCUCAUGGAACGAGAAGGCCCGACAGCCCUGUACAAAGGUGUAACUCCCGUCAUGCUUCGAGCGUUCCCGGCAAACGCAGCAUGCUUUGUAGGCUUUGAGCUAGCUAUCAACUUCUUGGAUUGGGUUGCACCAAACCUUUGAUAGUUUUAUAAGGAACUAGAUCAACAAGAAUU